AUGGCCGAACCCAACAAUACACCCUGGCCCCCAGCAACACCACAAUCUCAAACCCCUCUCUCCGCGUCGCCUGUCCUCCGCCCCCAUCCUGGCGGUCAAGUAGAACCCAAAACGGCAGCAUCGCAAGCAUCAGCAGCAACGAAAAACGGCACGCAUAAGCCCCGCGUCCUACACAUCGGCGACCCGAUCAAGUACAACCCGGAAACCUACGCCGCCUUUUCCGCGCAAUGCGACAUCAUCCGCCCCUCGACGCCCGAACGACAGCGCCCCGCAUUCGCUGCCGCAUUACGGGACGGCAAGUGGGGCGACUUUUCCGCCAUCUUCCGGCCGUUCUGGGGCACGGGCGGCGAGAUGGGCAUCAUCUAUUGCAACUCAGGCCUCGCCGCCGCCGAAGCAGUAGCAGACUUUGCCGUCGCUCUUGUCGUCUCAACCUUCCGCCAUCUCCCCUGGUGCACAGCAUCCGCCGCAGACCCGUCCGCCUUCCAAGACUGCCACGCUCGCGCCACGGCCGCCUCGCACACCCUUCGCGGCCACGUCCUCGGCCUCGUGGGCAUGGGUAACAUCGGCCAGCAGAUCGCGCAGCGUCUCGGCGUCGGUUUUGGUAUGAAAGUACACUACUUUGACGUCGUCCGCAAAGACCCAGUCACCGUGGAAGCCAAGUUUAGCGCGACGUUUCACGAGACGAUGGAGAGCUUGCUGCGCGUCUCGGAUUGUGUUGUGCUGUGCACACCUGCUGGUGGUAAGGUUAUCACUGCCGAGUCAUUGGCUUGGAUUAAGCCUGGGUCGAGGUUUGUGAAUAUCGCAAGGGGUAGCUUGGUUGACGAGGAGGCUUUGGCGGAUGCGUUGGAGUCUGGGCAGAUUGGGACUGUUGCGUUGGAUGUGCAUGCUGAUGAGCCGAGGCCGCAUCCGCGGUUGCUCAAGAUGGCGGGGACGAAGGCCAUGUUGACAUGUCACAAUGCUGGAGGGACGGUUGAGACGCACAAGGGGUUUGAGGAGUUGAGUAUGAGGAAUAUCAUGGCGGUGUUGGGGGGAGGGCAGCCGAUUACGCCUGUCAAUCUGCAUUAUCUGAAGCAGUGA